AUGGCUUCUCCAACAAUAUUAUUUGUGGUGGCGGCGAUAGUGGCAGCGGCGAUAGUGGCGGAGGCCCAGUCGCAGCCGUCGUGCGCUGCGAAGCUGGCAACAUGCGCGGAGUACCUGAACUCCACCACCACCCCGCCACCGUCCUGCUGCGACCCACUGAAAGAGGCGUUGACUAAAGAGCUACCUUGCAUUUGCGCUAUCUUUAACGACAAACAGCUGUUGAUUGGACUUGGAGUUGAUAUCUCUCAGGCCAUUAAUCUUCCCAAGCACUGCGGAAUGUCCACCAUAACCAAUGCUUGCAAACCUGCUGAUGAGGCUCCCACUCCACAUUCUUCUGCAUCCCUGCCACCUCCAGCAACAGCAGGGGGAAAGGAUGAUAAUGGUGCGGGCAAAAUCGCGUGGACCGGAGUUUCAAGCUUGCUCGUGAUUGCUACAUCUUUGAUGCUGUGGUAG